AUGGGCCCAAGCAAGUGCGAAUCAGUGCCAUACGUCAAGAAAGAACUGGUUCCGCUCGAGUCCAAGAUCAGUUUAUUGUCUACGCUACACCAGGCGGUUGAUAAACCGACAAAACAGGUAGCUGUUGUUGGGCGCAGUACUGCUCCGACUUCAAACACAGAACAAAAGAUCUUGGAUAUACUCAGAAGAAGUUUGCAACCAUUCUCCGACCGGCUCGACCCUUUCGCUGCUUUGCCGAUCAGUCUGGAUCGAUUCCAGGAACAUCUGGUUUCCUUCUACCUGUUGUAUUAUCCCAAAGUUACAUACGGUUUCAGCCCACGACUUCAACCACAUCCAGUGGCCAGCAAUUUUUCCAUUGCAUUGACCACUCCAGCCUGUUUUCAGGUCGCCUUGGCUCGUUCAGCAUCUUACCGACUUUCACUCAACAAGUAUGUCUCUGAACCGGAGAAGAAAUCCUUAGAGCUGGCGGUGGUGCGUCAUAAGGGGGAGGCGUUGAAGAUAGUCCGUUCGCUGAGCAUCAAAUCCAACCCCAAACGAAAGGACGAUUUGCUGGCAUCCAUGAUAAGCCUAGGAACAUUCGACCGGCGUACUGGAUCCACCGAGGCAUCGGGAAUGCACUAUGCAGCGGUGCGAAAGAUUCUGAAGUCCACUGGAGGCCCACUGGCUGUCAAUUCUGUACUGCUCUCAAGAGUUAUGUGCUUCUUUGAGUGCAUCUAUGGGACCAGCCCGGAGAGUUAUAUCUGGGAUGAAACAGACCUUACCAGGCUUCUGAAUGGACUGAAUCGGUUCUUGGGUAAGCUGUGGGAGCUUUGGAAAUCCUUGUCGGCAAUCAGGGAAUUGACCAACCGGCCAUUGGUGUCUCACCAAUCGGCACCUAUUCAUUCAUUCUGCUUACAGCCGGAUUCGACGCUGUUAUCCUUGGUGGAAAGACAGCCACCCCCGGGAGCAGAGAUUACACAAGCGCGGCGACUGGAAAUGGUAUUUCAAUUGACGUGUCUUUUGACCUUGGCCAUGAUAACGAUGGACUACGCCGAUGACUUUCGAUCAUUGCAACAAUAUAUGGACAAUCUCCACAAGACUAUGCAUGACCUCCAGCUGGCGGGGCAGAGUUGUAAUAAUGCGAUGUGGCAGAUUCAGGUGAAUGAUCAUAGCGAGCCACAUAGUCGACGAAUCUGGCGCGCGGCGAGUUAUGCUUGGAUCAUGAAGCAUGUCUCCUAUAAUGUCCAGCUGACAUUGAAAGAUUGGCUGCUAGGCUUCUUUACCGGGAAGCCUGUUGGCAAAGCAUUUCGAUUGGACAGCUUUCAUUUCAGUUAUGCUAGUUGA